AAACUGACGUGAUUAUGGGGCACGCUUAGUAUCUACUAGGCAUUUCCCGGGGCAGGCGAUUUCCUACUUGUACCCAGGCUUUGAGUCUCUCCAAGCCUGAGUUUAAGGACUAAUCAUUUUCCUCAGAGAUUGGGAAGCUCACUUCCCCAAGUAUAUCAUCCACUUUUCUUGCUCUGGCCGCAGCUGGCCUUGGAGGCCCGAUUAAGGAGGAGACUGUGCUUACACGUCUGGGCAGGGGCUGAGGCACUUGUCACUUAUACCACACCUGGUUCCAGGUGUCUGCAAAAUAUGAGGGGCCAUCCCUCUCUGCUGCUGCUAUACCUGGGGUUGACCACCUGCCUGGACACCUCACCCAGUGGGGAACAAGGCCAAGAAGUCUUCCUGGACUCCCCAGAGGCCCAGAGCUUCCUGGGCAGCCAUAGGCGGAUUCCAAGAGCCAAUCACUGGGACCUGGAGCUGUUCACACCAGGGAACCUGGAACGGGAGUGUUAUGAGGAGAAGUGUUCCUGGGAAGAGGCACGGGAGUACUUUGAGGACAAUGCUCAGACGAAGCGCUUCUGGGAGACGUACAAGUACAAUGGCAAAGGAGGGCAUGGACGAGUGGACGUAGCAGGCUUGGCUGUGGGACUGACAUCUGGCAUCCUGCUCAUUGUCCUGGCUGGCCUGGGAGCCUUUUGGUAUCUACAUUGGCGACGGAACCGAGGCCAGCAGCCCAGUCCCCAAGAGGCCGAGCUCAUCAGCCCUCUAAGUUCCCUGAACUCUCCCUGCCCGCCGACGCCCCUGCCUCCACUCCCACCCCCAGGCCUCCCCACCUACGAGCAGGCUCUGGCGGCCUCUGGAGUGCACGACGCACCUCCGCCCCCCUACACCAGCCUCCGGAGGCCUCGCUGAAGAGCUGCUUCGGAGCCGGGGUUCCCUGAGCCGUGCCCCAGAUUCACACCGGAUUCCGGAAGCCCCCAGGCCUCAAACUGCGGAGCUGAGCUUGGGGGUGGGUGGGAAUAGGGGUCGUCCGGCCCAAGGCCUAACCUGGCACACGUGUUUCCGCCGCGUACGGAUACAUGCGUGUCCCCGGCGAAAGUGUUCCCGCGCCCCGGCCCCUCGCGGGCCCCCAAGCUCUCCUGACCUUGGGGUACCCACUAACCCCGCCCCCGGGGUAGGCGUGUCGUGGAAACUCGGACCCAGGCGCGCAGGCCGGGUGUGCAGACUCGCGUGUGUGAGCGGGUCUGACACGGCUUUCUCCAGUGCCACGGACAACGCACACGCAGAGCCCCGCCCGUGCACACGCGUGUCUUCAUGCUAUCCCCGUGCGCGUACAGGGGCUCUUUGCAAACCAGGGACAGGGUGGGGGGGCAUAUUUGCAACCGCGCUCGGUGGGGGCAGGCUCUCAUUGCACCCGGGGAUCUGGAGUUGAGCUCUUCCCCUAAAUAAAAAUCCUUUGGAAAAGAAACCAAAAAAAGUGAAACAAUGCAAAAAAAUAAAAAAAUCAAACUGAA